AUGUUGUUUUCGCUCAGUUUCUUUGUCAUCAGAAAGCUUCCUCGUCUCUUUAUUGCCCUCCUCCUCUUUAUCUCUAUCUUUCUUCUUACCUUCCUCCUUUUUGGGGGCACUUCCGAAUCCAGUGUUUACUUCAACUCAUAUUUGAUCGAGUAUAGAUUCAACCCAGACGCAUCGGUAUUCGGCCUGAUUCAAGACACUUAUACUAAAAAGGAUUUAAAGGAAUUGUUAUCGAUGAAGGUGAGAGCCGGUUAUUUGGGGAUUUGUGUCGACCUCAACGGCACAACGCUCUGCGCCCCUCGAGGAAACCUUACGGCCUUCGACAAGUACAGUGGAAUUUCCUCGUUCAAGACAGGAAACAAUUCCACAUUGCCGAGUGCCCUCAGUCUUGUGGAACUAGCUGGUCUUUUCUCGAAUAGAAUUGUCCACCCUUACAUCUUGAUAGCUACCGAUAUUUUAACCGCAUUCUCCUUCAUCUUCAUUUUGUGGUCCAUGUUCCCCUUCCUUCCCGCAAACAACCUAUCCAAAAAGAUUUUGUUGGUGAUAAGUCCCACUAUUGCCCUUCUUUGGGGUUUGGGGGAGAGAACCUCCGCCAUGUCUGUCUCCACUCCUCUCUCACAGGUCCAAACCCCGACCCCAGCGCAGUUGGUAUCCACGGUGAGGUAUGGCUCCAAUAAAAAAUACGACUUGGCAAAGUUGCUAAACGAGUUUCAGCUGCACUUGGGCACCAACUGGGCCAAAUACCAAGUUACAUUGAGUAAGUUCUUAGUCGGGAAGCUAGCAAGAUCAGAAUUGAUGGAUGAGCUUAACUCGAUUCUCAGCAAAGAGCUUAUUGUGUACCACAACCGGCUUUUAUUGAUCAUCUUGACCAAUUCUGCCAAGGAAGGACCCUCGCACUUGUCCAACGAUUUGCAGAACGUGUUCUGGAACAAGCGGUCUCAGAAGGGCAAACCCAACAAGAAUGGUAGUUACGAGAAGCUCAAGGCAGAUAUUAUGGCUUUGCUGUUGAGGGAACGACGCCGUAUUAAGAGCAUUACUCGUGAGAGUGGCAAGAGGGGGAUGAUUACGUCGAGCAUUACGCUUACAAGGCAAUCGUUGUUGCCCAAGGUGCCAUACGUGCAAGACAAAACCAAGCAAUUGACUACCCCCAACAACACCCUGCAAUGGUCCCAAGAAGUGGUCAACGGGUACCAGACCCCGCUAUCCACAGAGACCUAUGGGUUGCCUGACCACGAUUCCCUACGGUCGCGCAUGACCAUGACAAUGAGAGAGAACGGGUUACUAGGACAGGUGAACGACCAUGCCAUUAACAUUUUGAUAUCCGGGUUGGAGUCUUACCUAAAAAAUAUCAUUGAAAACGCCGUAGACACGUCGCGGUACCGCUACACAAAGUACAGUGACGAGGACGUGCUACUAGGACCCGGUGGCAUUGGUCCCCAGCCACCUCGCCGAAAGAAGAGAAAGCUUCUUUUAACUGCAGAAAACCUACACAACACUCUCGAAAUCCAGCCGCAUUUAUCAGAGCCCAACGGUGCUCUUUUUAGACUACAGAAUGUCAUGUUGCAGAACGAGGACAUGAUCAGCCCAUUGCCGUACGAGAUUCCCGAAAAGCCCGAGGCUCCCGGAGACAAGUUUUUGACCUACGGCCUGGCCCCGAACGGCUCCGCAGAGACUUCUGACGUCAAACUGGAAAUAAAGCUGGAAACCGCUGUCGAGCUCCCUGCCCAGGGUAACGUGGGCACCCGAAGUGAGUUGAAGUGGAUGUUGCACGAGCUUUUGUCUUCGACCUAA